UAGUUACUCUAUGUCACUUCACUUACAUUCCAUUUGUCAAAUAGAAUAAUAGAAAAUGUCAUAAACAUUUCCGUAAUUUAAUUCACAAUUUAUUUUAUUAAACUCUUUAAAAAUAUUAAAACAUCGCUAUCAACACUCUGACCUAAUCUUGAUACGUGUUCAUACAACAGACUUCCAUCAAAGCCUAUAGUCAAAAUCUAUUCGAAGCAAUCGAAAAUGGUUUGUGUGCCUUGCUUCGUCAUUCCUGUAUUAUUAUUCCUGUGGCACAAAUUUAUUCAGCCAUAUGUUUUACGGUUCUGGAAUCCAUGGGCGGUGAAAGAUGCAGACGGUAAUGUAAAAACUGAAUUUCCAUUCAAAUGCGAAGGUGGAGUAUGCGCAUUUAGUAGAAAGAAAGAUGAUAAAAUAACCAAGGACAAUGAUGCUAAUCAAAAGGAGCUGAGUAACACCACGGAAGCACCAAAUAGGAUCAAAACGGACUAAUAUGGUUACGAGUUAAAUAUGUAUUUUACUUAAAUUAUUUAAUACCUACUUAGCUUAUAAUAUGAUUUGUAACCAGCAUGUUAUUGUGUAUUUCGUUUGGCAUUUGUAAACUAAUAUUAUAUUUAAAAAAAAUGUAAAUAUAUUUUUGUUUUAUGAUUGAACUACUAA